AUGUACGGAUUCGAAGCUCUCACUUUCAACAUCCACGGCGGCUUUCUGGAGGCCAUCGUCCGCGGCCACCGCGCUGGCCUUCUCACUACCGCCGAUUACAACAACCUCUGCCAAUGCGAAACCCUCGACGACAUCAAGAUGCACCUCUCCGCCACCGAGUACGGCCCUUAUCUCCAAAACGAACCUUCCCCAUUGCAUACCACCACGAUUGUGGAGAAGUGCACUCUUAAGCUGGUUGAUGAUUACAAGAACAUGCUAUGCCAAGCCACAGAACCCUUGUCAACCUUUUUAGAGUAUAUCACAUAUGGUCACAUGAUAGACAAUGUUGUUUUGAUUGUUACUGGCACCUUGCAUGAGAGAGAUGUUCAAGAAUUACUAGAAAAAUGCCAUCCACUCGGCAUGUUUGACAGUAUUGCUACUCUGGCUGUUGCUCAGAACAUGCGUGAGCUUUACAGGCUGGUUCUUGUUGACACUCCUCUAGCUCCUUACUUCUCUGAGUGCAUUACAUCAGAGGACUUAGAUGAUAUGAACAUCGAAAUAAUGAGGAACACUCUUUACAAGGCAUACCUCGAAGACUUCUACAGAUUUUGCCAGAAACUUGGUGGUGCCACAGCUGAGAUUAUGUCUGACCUUCUAGCUUUUGAGGCUGAUAGAAGGGCUGUGAAUAUUACCAUAAAUAGCAUUGGUACUGAGCUUACCAGAGAUGACCGUAGAAAAUUGUACUCUAAUUUUGGUUUGCUAUACCCAUAUGGUCAUGAGGAACUUGCUAUAUGCGAGGAUAUUGAUCAGGUUCGUGCUGUUAUGGAAAAAUAUCCUCCCUAUCAAUCUAUUUUUGCUAAGCUAUCAUAUGGAGAGAGUCAGAUGCUUGACAAGGCAUUCUAUGAGGAGGAGGUCAAAAGGCUUUGCUUGGCGUUUGAACAACAGUUUCAUUAUGCUGUGUUCUUCGCAUAUAUGAGGUUAAGGGAGCAGGAGAUCAGGAACUUAAUGUGGAUUUCAGAAUGUGUCGCUCAGAAUCAAAAGUCCAGAGUUCAUGACAGUGUGGUCUUCAUAUUUUAG